AUGAAGGCAGAAUAUGACCAAGAAUUAAAUAUAUACUUAGCUUCAAUUUUAGAAGAACUUAUUACUGAAAAAAGCCAAGAAAAAAAUACAAUCGAUCAAAUUAUAAACAAUCAAAAAGGCAUUGGAAGCUAUUCAAAAUGGU